AUGGUCGAUUCCGACUACGAGUUCGAGGGCGAAGGCUCCGACGACGAGUAUGUCGGAACAAAGAGUGGCGAUUCGGGCACACACGCGCAAUCGACAUCCCGGUUGAAUAAAAGGCAGAAGAGGACAGGACAGAAAAGGACAGGCGUAGAGCGAGGAGAACCGCCCAAACGGCAGGCAUGGGAGACGGAGUACUCCCGCACAGUUGAAAAGACGAUACAACCCGCCGACGACGGCUCGCUCGGGCAGAGCGUGCAAGAACGCGAAGAAGAGCGGAAACGCAAGCGAUUACGCAAGGACACCAAGCCCUUCCAACGAGGCAUUAUACGCCAUGUUGUCCUGGUGCUAGAUCUAUCCGAGGCGAUGCUGGAGAAGGAUAUGCGGCCAAAUCGCUUCAUCACGAUGAUCAACUACGCACAAGACUACAUCCGCGAGUUCUUCGAGCAAAAUCCCAUCUCGCAGAUGAGCGUCCUCGGCAUGCACGACGGCUUUGCAGAAUGCGCUCGAGUUGGCGCGAGCGACGCUAUAUCAUACCCCGAAACACGGCACAAGAGAAGUCAUCAUUGUCUUUGGGAGCCUGCUAAGUCUGGAUCCCGGGGAUAUACAUCAAACAGUCAAGGCAUGUGUGCGGGAUCGGAUACGCAUGAGGGCGAGUACACGAUUGCUACGGAUCAAGAGAUGCUCAAGGAGCUCCUCCUUGCGACAACAACGCCUCCCGUCGUUCGAGAGACUAAACAAGCCGCGAGUGCGCCACCGGCGGAGUCAGCAGCCGCGCUCAUGAUGAUGGGCUUCCCGUCUCGAGUGGUUGAAGACCAACUUACCAUGUGUGCAUGCCACGGCAAUCUCACAAGGGGUGGAUACACGUGUUCGCGCUGCAGCGCAAAAGUCUGCUCUUUGCCCAUUACCUGUCCCAGCUGCCAGCUCACGCUCCUUCUUUCCACCCACCUUGCACGCUCGUAUCACCACCUCUUUCCCCUGCGCAACUGGUCCACUGUAUCGUGGCCGCGCGCUCGCGAAACGGGUAGCAAAGAAUGCGUGGGCUGUCUUUCGGCAUUUAGCGAGCCGCCUACUGUCGAGAAUGAAUCCAGGGGCGCAGAAACUAAUGGGGAGAUGAACGAAAGGAGAGACGGAGAGGAUAGCGAGGAGCAGAAAGCUAGUGAGAGCGGGCGAUAUGAAUGUAGAGCUUGCGAGAGCCAUUUCUGUAUUGAUUGUGACAUGUUUAGUCACAUGGUGCUGCAUAAUUGCCCUGGGUGUCUAAGUAGACUUGACCCAGGGGCGAUGUCAGCAAGCAACGGAGAUGUGGAGAUGAGCGUACCACUAAAUCCGAAGAGAUCGAGGUUCUUCACAUCAACGUCACGAACCAUGGCAGCGUUUGAACGACUGAUCCGUUUCGAAAGCGACAAUGGCAAGAUAUUGUAUGGUGAUUUAGAGAAGGAGACGCCGACGCGAGAGAUCGAAGGGAGCACAGUUGAGGUUCUGGAUGGUGAUGUACAAACUGGGUUCAAGAAAACGGGUGGAAAGGCCAAGGUAUCGAAGCUGCUCUCUCCACUAUCGACAACCAAUAUUAUCUUGUGUGUGGGCUUGAACUAUCGGCGGCAUGCAGAGGAGUGCAAUCUCGAAAUCCCAAAAAACCCGGCAAUCUUCAUGAAACCCAGCGACGCACUCGCUGGCCCACUAGAAGACAUCCCAAUUCACAAAGAGUGCCAGUCUAUGCUUGACUACGAAGGCGAGCUCACUAUUGUCAUUGGCAAGGACUGCAAGAAUGUCUCCGCUUCCAAUUUUCAAGACUACGUCCUCGGCUACACAGUCGGCAACGAUGUUUCAGCGCGCAACUAUCAACUGCCAGCCAAUGUCUCCGGCGGCCAGUUUGGAUAUGCGAAGUCGUUUGACAAGUUUGCGCCUAUCGGCCCGUGUAUCGUGAGUACCAAGGUGAUUCCGGAUCCGCAAAAGAUCAAGUACUGGACCAAGGUCAAUGGCGAGAAGCGGCAGGAGACGGGCACAGAUGACAUGAUCUACACCGUCGGGCAGAUCAUCGAGCACUUGUCAAGAGGUACCACGCUGAGGGCAGGUACAGCUAUCUUGACCGGCACGCCGAGCGGCGUGGGAUUCUUCAUGGAGCCCAAGGGCUUCUUGAAAGACGGAGAUGAAGUCGAGAUUUACGUUGAAGGUAUUGGCAGCAUCAUCAAUAAGGUGAAAUUUGAGUAA